AUGGUGACGGACACCCAGGACACGGGUGCAGACGUGACUCAGGCUCACGGAUGUAAAGAGAUGACCGAGAGACCAAAGUGGGACAAUAAGGUUCAAUAUCUGCUGAGCUGCAUUGGUUUUGCAGUGGGACUUGGGAACGUUUGGAGAUUUCCAUAUCUGUGUCAGAUAUACGGAGGCGGGGCUUUCCUGAUCCCGUAUCUCAUCGCCUUGGUGCUGGAGGGCCUGCCCCUGCUGCACAUGGAGCUGGCUAUUGGACAAAGACUCCGCAUGGGAAGCAUUGGAGUCUGGAAUUCAAUCUCUCCCUAUCUGGCUGGCGUAGGUGUGGCUUCCCUGUCUGUGUCCUUCCUGGUAGGCCUGUUCUACAACACCAUCCUGGCCUGGGUCCUCUGGUACUUCUUCCACUCCUUCCAAAAUCCACUCCCUUGGCGGGACUGUCCAGUCAACUCAAACCUCACUGGUUACGUGGCUGAAUGUGAGAAGAGCACAGCGGUGAACUACUUCUGGUAUCGCACAACUCUCAACAUAACAGCCAACAUUGAGACCAGCGGGUCUUUACAGUGGUGGCUGGUGUUGUGUCUGGCCACCGCUUGGGGCCUCGUCUACAUCUGCUUCAUUCGAGGCAUCGAGACCAUCGGAAAGGCAAUUUAUGUGACAGCCACCUUCCCAUAUCUGGUGUUAACCAUCUUCUUGGUCAGAGCUCUGACUCUGCCCGGUGCGACCGACGGCCUGGUUUACCUCUUCACCCCAAAUUGGGAAACCCUGAAGAAUCCCAAGGUGUGGCUGGACGCCGCCACCCAGAUUUUCUUCUCUCUGUCUUUGGCGUUCGGGGGCCUUAUUGCAUUUUCCAGCUAUAACUCUCAGAAAAAUGAUUGUCAAAGAGAUGCCUUGAUCGUCGGAUGCGUCAACAGCUUCACGUCUAUAUACGCUUCCAUUCCCAUUUUUUCCAUACUUGGAUUCAAAGCAAAUUCCAACUACAAUGACUGCCUGAACGGAAACAUCCUGAAACUGAUCAAUGCAUUUGAUAUUGCUGAUGGAAGUGUCACACUUGAGAACUACAGCAACUGGCUACACCACCUCAACCAGACUGAUCCCACAGUGGUAGCAAACCUGGAUCUGAAGACCUGCAACCUACAAACCUUCCUGGACCAGAGUGCCUCUGGAACCGGACUGGCCUUCAUUGUAUUCACAGAGGCUGUGAUCCACAUGCCGGGCUCCCAGGUGUGGGCGGUACUCUUCUUCGUCAUGCUCUUCAGCCUCGGUCUGUCCUCCAUGUUUGGGAAUCUGGAGGGGGUCCUGACUCCUCUGCUGGACCUGCGCCUGGUGCCGCCCUGCCUUCCCAAGGAGAUUUUCACAGGGUUGAUAUGUCUCACCUCCUUCAGCAUGGCCCUGAUCUUUACCUUUGGCUCAGGAAACUACUGGUUGGGGAUCUUCAACAACUACGUGGGAUCCCUGCCUCUGCUCAUCAUUGCUUUCUUUGAGAUGAUAUCUGUGGUUUACAUCUAUGGAAUAAACAGGUUUAAUGACGACAUCGAGUGGAUGACUGGCCGGAGACCCAACGUCUACUGGCAGGUCACCUGGCGGUUCAUCAGUCCUUUCAUGCUUCUGGUGGUUUUUCUUGCUUAUGUUGUGAUAGAGGCUGAAACCAGACCCACGUAUGAAGCCUGGAACCCAAGCUAUGUGGACUUCCCCCUUGCUGAGGUUCAAACCUACCCUACCUGGGUAUUUUCCAUCUGCGUGCUCUUGUCCUCCAUCCCAGUUGUCUCCAUUCCCCUUGUGGCUUUCUAUAAAUUCACUGGCUACCUAAAGAAGUGUGUCAUGGACAGGCACACUCAGAGGAUGGCCAUGACAGAUGUCCAUUGUGCCUUGGCAUCGAACACCUAA